AGGUAUAAAAUAGUAUUUUCCAUAGCUAGCUGUUGAAACGCUUAUUGUUGCAUCUCCAAAUCUGUGACACGAGGAAAUAAACUGAUUUAUAAUACAUACAUUCAAUAUUCAACUGACCUCGAUCACAUAUGACCGCUAUCAUAAUAUAAAUUCGCUAUCUUUUAAUGUUUUGUUGACCCUCAUCACAGUUUGAACCGAUUAAUACCCAAAAUAAUUUAAUACGAGAUAACACAGUAGGAGACCAGUCAGUUAACGGUUCUUUGACUUUAAAGCACCUCGAGUGUAUAUUAUAAGCAUCCUGUUUCGCACGAAUGCAGAAUUUUAAACUGUGUGGUCGGGCACUGUCAAGGCUUGAACUGUUCUUCUGAAGACGUCUAAAUUCUGGAUUUAUGAAAUAUUCUGAAAUCUAAUAAACUACAUAAACAGAAGAAAUUAUAAUCUCCAUCGAGACGAAUGGGAUUACCAAGGUGGACAUAAAGCAGUGUAAAAGAAACAAUAUGCUACAAGUAAUAUUGGCCAUAGCCUGUCUAAGUGUUGUAUCAUCUGAAGAGUUUCUUGAUGUCAAUAUAAAACAAGGAACAGUGAGGGGAUACAAGUCUGAUGGAGUAUUUAAAUUCUAUGGAAUACCUUAUGCCACGGCACCGGCGGGAACUGACAAGUAUAAGGCACCACUACCUCCGCCAACAUGGCAAGAAGUAUUCGAAGCAACAAAAAGACAUAUAGCUUGUCCACAACCUAAUUUAAGAUUCUUUAAGACCAAACUAAUUUUUAAAGAUGACUGUCUCAUUGCUAACGUACACGUACCUGACACUGACAGAAGAAAUCUCCCGGUCGUCGUGUACAUUCAUGGGGGAGCAUUCCAGAUCGGCUAUGGUGACAGAGAUACACCUAAUACUCUGGUUAAAAAUAAUGAAAUUAUAGCUGUCACUUUCAACUACCGACUCGGUCCUUAUGGUUUCCUAUGCCUCGGUACGACGGACGUACCAGGAAAUGCCGCUAUGAAGGAUCAGGUGGCGCUUCUGAGAUGGGUCCAAGAAAAUAUAGCAUCAUUCGGAGGUGACCCAAAAUCGGUCACCAUAGCGGGAUGCAGCGCUGGAGGGUCCUCCGUAGAUUUACACAUGGUAUCAAAAAUGUCCAGAGGCUUGUUCCACAGAGCAAUAGCGGGAAGUGGGGCUUGCACUGCCACUUUCAGUUUGCAAACGGAUCCGAUCGGGAACGCUAAAUUUUACGCUAAACUAUUGGGCUUCGAUACGAAACAUUCAAAUGAUACCAAUGAUGCGGAGCGACUGUCGGCGUUUUACAAAAAUACAUCACUGUCUGCUCUAAGUUCGGUGGUAGUGAUGGGGAAACCCGACGCAUCGGUGGCAUUCACACCCUGUAUCGAAAAGAACGUCGGACAGGAGAUGUUCUUAGAUAGCUACCCGUUUACGAGCGGCGACUACCGACCGGUACCUAUGCUAUUCGGAUUCACGAGCAUGGAAGGCAUGCUAAGAAUGUUUUUCUUCCGGAAGUACGAGAACCUGAUGAACAGAAACUUUUCGUACUUCCUUCCGGACAAUCUGGCUUUUGAAUCUACAGAGGAGCGGCAGGAAGUGGCGGACAGAUUGAAACAUUUUUAUUUCGGUAACCGGACGAUCGAUAUGAAUACAGCGGAGAAUUAUAUAAACUACUACACGGACAGGCUUUUCACGCAUUCGAUCACAAAAUCGAUAAAAAUGCACGUGGCAGCUGGAAAUAAGGAAGUCUACUUUUAUGAAUAUCUGUUUAGUGAUGAAAGCGUGCCUUACUCCAACUUCGAGUCGAUUCGAGGCGCUUCGCACUGCUCCCAGUCGUUUGCGGUUCUAGACGACGUGAACGAGAACGGAAUGUCGCAGGAAUAUAAACGCAUGAAGGCCGUCAUGAGGGAGCUAUGGUCAAACUUCAUCAUAACUGGCAAACCGGUACACGAAAAUUCAAAGCUACCAUACUGGGCACCAGUGGGAGAAAGCGGAGUGCCAUUUAUGUCAUUAUCAAGUCAGUUAGAACUGAAAUGGUACAGGAGUGACCAAGAUAGAAUGGACCUUUGGGACAGCAUCUACGCCAAACACUUUCGGAAACCCGUAGCACCACACUCAUGAUUAUUAUAGUUCUCGCUGGACAAAA